AUGACCGUGUGGGAAUCCCAUAUCGACUCUUCCUUCCGACUUCUUUUUGGACUUGGAGAGUCUGGAGGUCUUACCAAGAACACAUCCAUUGAGCUCUGGAAUAACCAGAUCGACAGUGUAGAAGAAAAAGCCUUUCGGCCGAUGCUGGAAGUUCUUUCGAAGGGGAAUGGCUAUAUCAGUUUAUUUGGAAACCCCACUCGAUGCGACUGCAGCCUCGCAUGGCUCAUUUCCAAUCCAGUCCUCCUCAAAAGUGUGACGGAUGGGUACUGCUUAGAUGGGACUGCUUUUGCAGACUUUGAUGGAACGCUAUUUAAAAGAUGUAGACUUUGCCCAUACGAAUGCGUCGAUCGGAACCAAUCUUCUUCAUGCACACUCGGGACAACGAUGCAGUCAAGAUACCACGAUUGUCGCCCUGAGGAAAUAUGUUGCAAGCUCAGAAUCCCACAGGAGAUUCCUCCGAAAUGCGGCAAUAAGGGAGAGGUACAUUCAUUGGACACGGGCAAUUCAACGACGGAUACGCUGACAUCCGACUUCGAUGAAUGGCCAUGGCAUGUCGUCAUCUACAACGUCGAAGAGCAGUCGAUCAGUUGCGGAGGUGCUCUCAUUCGGAAGAAAUGGGUUCUCACUUCAGCCCAAUGCGUCAAUAAGUUUCAGUAUCCCAGGGAAAUCGUUGUCCGUCUCGGGAAACUUUAUUGGAAUGACUCCAGAGAUCAUCAGUUCAUGGAGGAAAUGAAAGUGUCAAAGAUCAUCUGGCAUGAUGACUUCAAUGCCGACAACUAUGACUCAGACAUAGCUUUGUUAAAGCUAAGGAAGCCAGCGCAAUUGAAUCGUCGGGUUCAGCUAGUUUGUCUCCCACUUCGCACAAGUGUCAACCUGAAGGAAGGAAACCGAGGAUGGAAGUGCAUAGAUUGCAACAGGGAUCAUUUUGAGGGGUGGGAAUCCCAUAUCGACUCUUCCUUCCGACUUCUUUUUGGACUUGGAGAGUCUGGAGGUCUUACCAAGAACACAUCCAUUGAGCUCUGGAAUAACCAGAUCGACAGUGUAGAAGAAAAAGCCUUUCGGCCGAUGCUGGAAGUUCUUUCGAAGGGGAAUGGCUAUAUCAGUUUAUUUGGAAACCCCACUCGAUGCGACUGCAGCCUCGCAUGGCUCAUUUCCAAUCCAGUCCUCCUCAAAAGUGUGACGGAUGGGUACUGCUUAGAUGGGACUGCUUUUGCAGACUUUGAUGUAACGCUAUUUAAAAGAUGUAGACUUUGCCCACACGAAUGCGUCGAUCGGAACCAAUCUUCUUCAUGCAUACUCGGGACAACGAUGCAGUCAAGACACCACGAUUGUCGCCCUGAGGAAAUAUGUUGCAAGCUCAGAAUCCCACAGGAGAUUCCUCCGAAAUGCGGCAAUAAGGGAGAGGUACAUUCAUUGGACACGGGCAAUUCAACAACGGAUACGUUGACAUCCGACUUCGAUGAGUGGCCAUGGCAUGUCGUCAUCUACAACGUCGAAGAGCAGUCGAUCAGUUGCGGAGGUGCUCUCAUUCGGAAGAAAUGGGUUCUCACUUCAGCCCAAUGCGUCAAUAAGUUUCAGUAUCCCAGGGAAAUCGUUGUCCGUCUCGGGAAACUUUAUUGGAAUGACUCCAGAGAUCAUCAGUUCAUGGAGGAAAUGAAAGUGUCAAAGAUCAUCUGGCAUGAUGACUUCAAUGCCGACAACUAUGACUCAGACAUAGCUUUGUUAAAGCUAAGGAAGCCAGCGCAAUUGAAUCGUCGGGUUCAGCUAGUUUGUCUCCCACUUCGCACAAAUGUCAACCUGAAGGAAGGAAACCGAGGAUGGGUGGCUAGCUGGGGUUUCAAUGGUUCAAGUCAAGAGAUGGUGGUCUCGAAGUGCCCUCGGAACUCAGUCUCUUCCGUGGGCAAAUAUAACAUUACUACAAUGGGCAACCAGGUCACAUCGGGCAAGGUCUUCUGUGCAGGCAACUCCUCUAACACCUUUGAUUAUAAUCAUGAAGGAGCUUGUGGGGCGGGACUGUUGGGUAGCCCCAUGACGUAUCCAUCGAAAUCCCGCUGGCAGGUGGAGGGGAUUGCGAGCCACUGCGUUCCUGGAGUCCAUUCACUCGUUUUUACGAAAGUGUCAAGAUUUGUCCCUUGGAUGACGUCAAUAAUGCAGGAGAAUGAGGACUGAUGGCUUGGCAUACUCCAGAUUGAUGCAUCAUGUUUCAAGUGACAAUCGACUAUGGCUGAAACGACAAAAUUUUCUUUUGAACCAUCCUUUUACCUUCAUAUAACCAUGUGGCAAUAGUAUGGAAGACGGCAGGACUUUAUCGAUCUGAUAUGUGGACGCGGCAAACAAGGACGAGAUUGAAUAACGAGAUUGACGAGAGAAAUCAUGAGGGAUUUUCCAAUUACGUUUCCUCAUGAUGGAAUGCUUGAAAUACUGGAUUGAAUAU